CACCGACAAGUGCUUUUAAGUGCUAUCAAUAGGUGGCAGCGGGUAGCUAUCGACAGCGAAGACAGUAAUCACGUGAAUCUUUUUUAACGAUCAGCUGUCUGCUGGGGAGUGGUUGUGUUCUUGAGGGGUGCUUUUAGGAAAUUAUUCUUCUUUCUUAGAAGUGAGUCACAUUCCCACAGGACAGACAGCGGAAGUGGACACUCUGUCAGGUCAUCCAUUGAACACGAAGAGAUGACUGAGUACUGGUUAAUAUCAGCACCUGGUGAUAAGACGUGCCAACAAACAUGGGAGACCAUGAAUGAUUUGACAAGUAAACAGAACAACUUGUCUACAAAUUUUAAGUUCCAGAUUCCAGAUUUGAAGGUUGGUACCCUCGACCAAUUGGUAGGUCUCUCUGAUGAUCUGGGCAAGUUGGAUGGUUUUGUAGAGCAGGUUACGCGCAAGGUAGCGCAAUACCUGGGCGAGGUCCUCGAGGACCAGAGGGAUAAGCUUCACGAAAAUCUGAUGGCUAACAAUAAUGACAUUGAAUCGGUAGACAACAAAAAACGCGAGCACCGACGACGCCGCGCAAAAAGCAGGGCGGUUCCGAACGGUCGGCACCACCGCGGCCAUUACCUGGAAGAGGGCAGCACCAGCUGUCCAGCAUCCCCCGUUGAGCGAACGCAAGAAACAAACGCUAGCGCGGUAUCCAUGUCCGCACCACUGAUGCACGGCCUGUGUCUGUUCGGGUGUGCGUGCGACGGCUGUAUGGUCAUGGACGUCGACCCUGGAGGAGGUGGGGGGCACGCGCUGGAUCUGGAAACCACCACUGGCGGCAGCGAGGAAGACGACGGCUCCCCGACUCGAACCGACCUGGUGCUCGGGCCAGCCGAUUUACCGACUUACUUGACGCGGUUCCAGUGGGAUAUUGCCAAGUACCCUAUUAAGCAAUCCCUACGUAAUAUUGCUGAUAUAAUCAGCAAACAAGUGGGGCAAAUAGACGCUGAUUUGAAGACCAAGUCUUCUGCUUACAAUAACCUCAAAGGAAGUUUGCAGAGCUUGGAAAAGAAGCAGACGGGAAGCUUAUUGACUCGUAAUUUGGCUGAUCUUGUGAAAAAAGACCAUUUUAUUCUUGAUUCAGAAUAUCUACAAACUUUGUUGGUGAUCGUCCCUAGAUCUCAGUUCAACGAGUGGAAUGCAACAUAUGAGAAAAUAACCGACAUGAUAGUGCCUCGCUCCUCUCAACUGAUCACACAAGACAAUGAGUACGGCCUGUUCACCGUCACUUUGUUCAAAAAGGUCGUGGAAGAGUUCAAGUUACAUGCCAGGGAAAAGAAGUUCAUCGUAAGGGAUUUCGUAUAUAAUGAGGAAGAAUUGGCCGCUGGCAAGAACGAGAUCACUAAGCUGGUUACUGAUAAGAAGAAGCAAUUUGGACCCCUUGUAAGAUGGUUGAAAGUCAACUUCAGUGAAUGUUUCUGUGCUUGGAUCCACGUUAAAGCACUGCGAGUCUUUGUAGAAUCAGUGUUAAGAUACGGACUUCCUGUCAAUUUCCAAGCAAUACUGCUCCAUCCGAACAAGAAAUACAUCAAGCGUCUGAGGGACGUCUUGAACCAGCUUUAUGGUCAUCUGGACAGUAGUGCAGCUUUAUCAGGUUCAAAUCUUGAUAACGUGGACAUUCCUGGACUAGGAUUCGGCCAAUCAGAAUACUUCCCUUAUGUCUAUUACAAAAUUAACGUGGACAUGAUAGAGAAAGUUUAAAGAUCCCCAAAAUGUUAUAUAUUCCACUUUUAGUUUUUAACUUUAAGCACAAGCUCGUUCCAUUAUGAUGUAUGUUGAAAUUUUAUUUGCAAUUUAUUUAAAAGUAUUAUACUUGUUACAAAAUAGUAUUACAUUUAGAAACAUUCUUUGGAAUGUUAAUUCCUCUCAAAAGUUUGAAUGUGUAUAUACAUGUUAUUUUUACAUUUAGUGUACAGUAGGCUUCACAUUGUUGACAUUUUGACAAUACAUAUAUGAAAAAAGGUAAUUAUAUUUUGCAAUAAUACUGUACCAUGUUUACUUUCGGUAAUCUGUUUGAAACAGUAUUCUUUUAUUGUAAAUAUAUGGAGAUGUAUAUAGAAGUGCAUUAAAGAACUAUUCAAUGAAUUCUUUUUUCCUGAAAUAGCUUCAUGUCAUCCUAAACAGGCUACUCUUCAUCAAGUGUGUCAAGUGAAAUUUCUAUUUCACUCAAGUGUUACUAAAUUGUUGCUAUUAGUAAUUGAUAAAAUUAGUAAGGACAUCAACUCGGCCACUUCCGACCAAAAAGCGUCGAAGGUUAGAACAAUCUGUGCCCACGACACAUUUUUUGGAAAUAUUGUGUACUAUUGGGGUGAAAAUGUUCAAAGUCUUAGCGAAUUUCGGAUCAGUUAAGGGUCAAGUGCUAUGUAAGCAGAAUUUUUUACAAUUAUUAACCUCCCUCCCCAUUGUCAGCAAAUCUCUCAUCCCCCUCCCAUGCUUAUACAGGGUGACUUCGAAGUUGAGUCAUUUAUUUUAACAGUGAGUAGAUC